GCCGCCCAAUCAGGGCGGACUGUUCGCUGAGCGUUUCAGAGGCGCCGAGUUCGGAAUCCGCGCGGGCGACGCCAGGAAGGCAAGCGAGGAGGGUCCUUCGCUUCUGAACCUCGCCAUUCGAUCUUGGCAUAUUAAUAGGUGCGAUGGCUGCCCUCAGUGAAGAGUUGCAACAUCUAGACAGAAGGAGCAAGCAGCUGCUUGAAAUGAUGACAAGAGCCAAUGGGGCAGAAAUGCUGAAGGAGACUCUAGUGAAAGAGGAGCAGAUGCUCAACAAGCUCUGGGAUACUCAAAAGAGCACAGCCCAGCUGCUGAAAGAUCUCAUGACUGCAGAGGAGAAAGUGGCCCUAAAACUUUGCGACAGGGAACAGCAGCUGAAUGCAAACCUCCAAAAGCUGCAGAAAAUUGAAGACGAAUUGCUCCAGGCAAAUGAGAAGGCUGCUGAAUUGAGGACCAACACCAACGAUUUAAGAAAAGAACUGGAGGCUUUGAAAGAAGAAAUCAGGCAGAAAGAGAAGAAUGCAGAUAACGAUGCCAUUGUGUCCAAAUCGGCUAUGUAUAUUGUGCACCUUUAUUACCAGAUCUGCCGUAUUGACUGGGACUACUCCUGUGAGCCAACAAUAGUCAAAGGAAUUCAUUAUGGGCCAGACAUUGCUCAGCCUAUCAAUCUUGACAGCAGCCAACACUCCCGCAGCUUCAUCUGCGACUACCUGUGGAACCUUGUGAGCACAGCCUGGUGAAGGAGAUGACCCUUGAUGUGAAUGUACAGUGGCCUAUGCCUAUUAUAGGCGAUCAGUGUUUCUUUCCCUGUUGUAACGUAUGUCAGAGCUGUAAAUAGAGAGCAAGAGGAAAUAAACUUUCGUACUAAUCGCAAAAA